CACCACCCCAGCAUUACUUGGUUAUUCUACAUACCAAAAGGGGGGUCAUUAAGGGCACAAGUAUACUAAACUAAUCAAUGUGGAGGCAUGGAGCAAUGGUGCCUAAUUAAAGCUAAGUGACUGUGCACUGUUAAAUUAGCUUCAUUCAUCCUCCCCAAAAAUAUCAAAAAAAAAAUGUGAACACUCAUACAAGUUGCAUCUAUUGUGUCACAAAAUUAUGGAUAUACAUGGCUCUACUGCACCUCAUUUUGCCUCCCCCUUUCCAUUCACUCCCACCACCCACCAUUACUAGGUUACACUUACCAAAGAGAGGGGCCAUUAAGGGCAGAUUACUAAACUAAUCAUGGAGCAAUGCAGCCUAAUAAAGCUUUCAGACACCCUCCCCUGAUUUCAGCAAUCAUUUCUCCCUCCCUCCCAACAUUGUUUCAACACAAGUCCUGCCUCCUCCUCCUUCUCCAAUGGAUAUACUUGCAGCAGCUGGACGGGAUAGGGGUGAUAAUGGUGCCAAGAAGAUGAGCAGAGCAAGAGAAGAAGGGAAGCAGAAAAAGCAGCAGAUGCAAUCAGGUGGUUCCUUCUGGGCUGCCAUGGCGCUCAAGAACAGAGGCCAGCUGCCAGGAGUAGAGAGCAAGAACAGCAGCAGCGGCGGCGGCGGCGAGAGGAAGACGAAGAAGAAGACCACCAUUGGAAGGAGCAUGAGCUGCGCUGUGAAGUCGAUCUGCGGCACGAAGGAGAGCGCCGUGCUGAGCAGGGGAAGCCGCCGGAGCAGCGGCCGCAGCGCCGCCUCGAGCAGCAGGUCUCUCAAGGCUCCCGGUUCCGGCGCCGGCGGCGACGCCUUCUCUUCCGUCUCCGUCUCCGUCUCCGCGUCGUCGUCCUUCAACUCCGAGACAACGGUGGCCACGACGGCGACCACCGUCAGCUACUCAUCGUCUUCGUCUUCUUCGUCGUCGGCGGCAUCUGCUCUGUCGUCGCCGCUCUCGUCCGUCAAGGCCGCCACGGGCUCCGGCUCCUUCAGGAAGAAGAAGCUGCCCGGCGGCAGCUACUACGAGUGCCACUCUGAGGCGGCGGCGCUCGACCCCAGCGCCGCCGCCGCCGCCAUGGCCAUGAUGCUCCCCUGCGCCGGCUGCGACGAAUUCUUCCUCAGCGCCGAGUCCCUCGAGCUCCACAAAUCAACCAGCCAUGCCGUCUCGGAGCUUGGCGCCGGGGACACGAGCAGGAGCGUGGUGGAGAUCAUCUUCCGGUCGAGCUGGAAGAAGAAGCCGCCAUCGCCGUCCUGCUGCAUCGAGAGGAUACUCAAGGUGCGAAGCUCCGGCAAUGGCGCCGCGGCGAGGCUCGAGUUCGAGCAGUACAGAGCGCGCGUCAUGGAAUCGGCAGCGGCGAGCGGCGACGCCACAAGGUGCGCCGCUGAUGGUAACGAGCUCCUCCGGUUCUUCCGCUCCACCACCGCCUCCCAUUGCUCCCUCGGCCUCGCCAAUGGCGGCGCUGCCCUCUGCAGCGGAGCUCCAUCGUCGCAGUGCGAGCUCUGCGGUAUCAUCAGAGAUGGGUUCAGCAUCGAUGGCGACGGGAGGAUCGCGACGGCGGCGACGAGCAGGCUGGCGCACGACAUGGCCGCCGGCGGCGGCGGUGGGGAGAAGAGGGCGAUGCUGGUGUGCAGGGUGGUGGCUGGGAGAGUGAAGAAGAAGAAGAAGAGCGGCAAUGGCGGUGGCAAUGGCGGCGGCAGCAGCGAUUCUUCAGAGGAGUUUGACUACGACAGUGUCAGUAGUAGUAGUACUUCCUGCUCAUCAGAAUUGGAUGAACUGUUUGUGUUCAAUCCUAGUGCUAUACUGCCUUGCUUUGUGGUGAUCUACACAGUGGCUAAUUAAUGAGACUCAAUCACAUUUUAGUCACUGGUUUUGUAUUGUAACAUAAUUUGUUCCCUUAAUUUGAUUCCGUUUGCAGCAACUC